AUGAGCAACAAGGACGAAAUUUACUACUCUGACAAGUAUUAUGAUGAUGAAUAUGAAUAUAGACAUGUAAUUUUACCAGAAAAGUUGGCAGAAUGUAUUCAAAAUUGUGAGAGACUUCUCGCUGAGAAGGAAUGGCGAGGCUUGGGCAUUCAAAUGUCCAGAGGAUGGGUUCAUUAUGGAUACUCUCCUUCAUCAAGCGAACAACAUAUUCUUUUAUUCAAACGUGAGAUCCCUGCCGGAACAGAAAAUCCACGUCUGACACAGGAGAAGGAAUACAAUGAUGUUAUUAAACAAAGACAAAAGAAUUAA